UUGUGUGAGUUAGUUGAUAAAGAACCAUAGAGAAUAUAAGUCGCUUGCAUAAUCUCUUGAAAAAAAAUAUUUUCUAAGUGAAAAUAUGAACAAAAAUAGUUACGAGUGUGUAAAUAAACUUUGCAAACUUUCAGUCUCGAAGAUUUUGGUGAAAUUCUACGGGAAACCCUAAUAGUUUUCUGAUAUGUUUCAUAUGAUUCAUAAGGUUAUAAAAAGUCCAAGAUGCAGAUACAUGUGAAAUUUCUCCUUCCGUAAAAUUACUUAAAUUUAUCUACAUCUACACUACACACCAAAGUGAUUUACUAGUAACCGCCUGUCGGUCUGUGAUGAAUAGUGUUUCCAGGAAGUUUUAGUUAAGGCAAGAAAUGGGAUUUGAAAUAUUUUCGCGGUGGAAGAAUAAUUAUACUCAUGUCUUCCACUGCCGAAAUACACUUGGUGUCUGUGGGCUGCUAUUCCUUCUUUUCCUGUACAUCUUAUGGUCAUCAUCAGCAGGUGUUAAAAUUUACGAAGCGUCAGUUUCGGAAAGCGAUAGCAUGUUCAUUUGCAAUGUGAAUCUGCAAGACAAUCGCAAAUUCAAUGAAAAAGAUUCAACAUGGCCUACGAUAUAUUUUGUAACGCCAACGUAUCCCCGUCGGGAACAAAUUGCAGAACUAAUCAGGCUAGGCCAAACCCUAAUGCAUAUUCCUAAUUUGCACUGGAUCGUGGCCGAUGAUGUAGAUGUUUGCAAUAGUUACUUAGAUUUUAUCCUCAACGAUUUUGGAAUUCCUUACACCCAUAUUGCUAGUCCUAUGCCAGAUAUCUACCGCAGCAAAAGCACAAUUCCUCGUGGUGUUGCGAAUCGACGGGCUGCACUCUCAUGGAUUCGAUCUAACAACAUUCGCUCAGGAGUCCUUUAUUUUGGCGAUGAUGACAAUACCUUUAGUUUACGUCUUUUUUCUGAAAUUCGCUACACGAAGCGAGUCUCAAUGUUUCCAGUGGGUCUUAUUGGGAAAUACGCUGUUAGUACACCAGUUGUGAAAAAUGGUCGUGUUGUAGGAUUUUUUGAUUCAUGGCCAGCCAAGAGACAAUGGCCAGUGGAUAUGGCGGGCUUUGCUGUAAAUCUUGAGUACUUGGCUCAACAUCCAAAUGCUACAAUGCCAUAUAAAGCAGGAUAUGAAGAGGAUGAAUUCCUUAAAAGUAUUAAACUGAAAAUGGAGCAUAUUGAGCCAAAGGCCAAUAAUUGCACAGAAAUUUUUGUUUGGCAUACACAAACGACUAAAGUCAAGGCUCCCACAAUUAAAAUCGAUGAUCACAUGGUAGAGUCUGAUAAGACUAGUCUUGGGCCACUUCUCAAGAACCUCGAUGCUAUGGGGAUCAGCCAUACCAGCUCCACGUCAGGAGUGAAGGCUGAAAUCAUUAGGAAUGGUAAAAUGAAGUCUGUUUCAACGCUACUUUGAGAUAUAGCCCAAUGCAGCACCAAUUAAUUCUUCUAUAAAUACUCUCGCGUGAAUAUCAAACAAUUUCUGUGUGAGAGAAUAUCAUAUAGGAAAUAUUCAUUUUCGCAAUUACACAGAAUUUUUGUAAGAGGAUAAAAGGCUAUUCAUCAUUUUAUUUUCACGAUCAAAAUCUAGGUGAAAAAUUAAGCAAGAAAAAUACAUAAAAUAUUUAAAGAAUUACUGAUUUUUUGGUAGGUUUAUAGUCAUGCAGUACUUAUCAGAUAUUUUUUUUAGAUUACAAAAUACUACACGGAAAGCACAUUUAGUCACAGAUAAGGUUAGCGCUAUGUAAAAAAACAUCCAAGAAAACUUUCUUAGAAUUUCUUGACUUAAUUUUUAAAUGAAAAACAUAAUACUUUAUUUUUUAUUCGCAAUUGUUCCUUUAGUUUCAGGUACUAAGCUUAGAACAUCAGAAUCUCAUAUACUCAAUAAAAAUUAAGGAUUUUUACCAAAUUAUUUACCUUCGUGAAUAUGAAUAAUGCCAAUGUAAAUAGUUAUAUCUUUUGCUUAGCAAAAUAUCAAAAGACUAGAGUGUUACUUUGCCUUCAAUUCUUCUAUAUUGCGAUCAAAAAAUAUACUUAUGAUUUAGAUUAAAACACCCCAAAAAUACCAAAUUGAAAAAAAUUAAAUAAAGUCACUGUGAUAUAAGGUUAUGUAAAAACUAUUAAUAUAUUUAGCAGCAGAAUUAAUUAAAGAAAUAUUUUGAAAUUAAAAAAGGAGUGUUAGUAAAAAAAAAGCUACGCAUUAUACUCUUUUUUUCCUUUGUGAUUGAUUUGUAUGCAUUGAUUUAGCUUAUUUAAUUUCUUAAAAGUUGGAAUGAUUUUUAUACGAUAAAAUUUACAAACAUAUCUUGUAACUCAAAUUCAGCAUUGAGAGUUUAUUUAAAAAGCACCCAGAUAAAGCUUAAAGGUUAGAAGCAAAUAACGAUAUAGUCUUCCUAAUUAAAUUAUAAGAUUAAAUUACAAAAACAAGCUUUUUAUGCAAGUCAUAUAAAAUAGCGAUUUAUAUAAUUAAUCACGAUAAUACAUGAUAUAUUAAAAACUA